ACUAGAACCGCUUCGUGAGGAGAAGCGGCGUCCGGUGAGCUGAGGGUGAAUUCCCAGGACUGAUCUGUAGUGAAGGUACACCAACCACCUACUCUCCUGCCCACACUUCCACCUGCUGUCCCCAGCCAAAGCCAUCAUGCCUCGUGGUCAGAAGAGUAAGCUGCGUGCCCGUGAGAAACGCCGCAAGGCCCGAGGUGAGACCCAGGGUCUCGAUGAUGCUCAGGCCACUGCAGCAGAGAAAGGAGAGUCACCCUCCACUUCCUCUCCUGUUUUGGGGAAUACUGCCUCCAGCUCCUCUGCUGCUGGCAGUUCCCAGAAACCUCAGAGAGCUCCACCCACCUCUGCUGCUGCUGCUGCAGGUGCUUCAUGCACAACAUCUGAUAGAGGUGCCAAGAGCCAAGGUCAGGAAAAUGCAGGUUCCUCUGAGGCUUCAUCCUCCACUGAGGGCUCACAUGAUGAUGCUUUAACCAGAAAGGUGGGAAUGUUAAUGCACUUCCUACUGGAGAAGUAUAAAAAGAAAGAGCCCAUUAAGAAGGCAGAAAUGCUGAAGGCUGUCAACAAGAGGUACAAGAAGCACUUUCCUGAGAUCCUCAAGAGAGCCUCUGAGCGCCUGGAGCUGGUCUUUGGCCUUGACCUAAAGGAAGUCAACCCCAACGGUCAGUGCUACACCCUUGUCAGCAAGCUAGACCUCAACGAUGAUGGAAGUCUGUGCGAUGACUGGGAAUUUCCCAAGAAUGGGCUUUUGAUGCCUCUUCUGGCUGUGAUCUUCUUAAAUGGCAACUCUGCCACUGAGGAAGAGAUCUGGGAAUUCCUUAAUGUUUUGGGGGUCUAUGAUGGGAAGACGCACUUAAUCUUUGGGGAGCCCCGAAAGCUCAUCACCCAAGAGCUGGUGCAGGAUAAAUAUCUGGUGUAUCAGCAGGUGGCUAACAGUGAUCCUCCAUGCUAUGAAUUCCUGUGGGGUCCCAGAGCCCAUGCUGAAACCAGCAAGAUGAAAGUCCUAGAGUUUUUGGCCAAGGUCAAUGAUACCAUCCCCAGUGCCUUCCCAUUCCAUUAUGAGGAGGCUUUGAGAGAUGAGGAAGAGAGAGCCCGAGGCAGAGCUGCAGCCAGGCCUGGCACUUCUGCAGGGGCUAGUGCACAUCCUAGGGCUACAGCCAGCAGCUCCUCCCACCCCUAGUCAUGUCUAAGACAGCUUCUCUGCUUUGUUUUUGAGGCUAGCUGCCAAACUUUUAUAUAGUGAAAGUUUGAGAUGGGGCUGGAAAGCACAUACUAUAUAUCUUCUUUGUGUUUUUGUUGUACAUGAGUAUCUUUCAAAUGUUCUCUUUUUAAUAGAAUGCUUAUUUAGAUUCAGAAUCUAUGUUUAUGAAUGACAUGGAUCAUACAUUUAUUGCUGUUAUCAGAUUUAAGAGUAAGAGUGUCAGUAUUCUGUGAUACAUUUUAAAAAUCUUUGAAUCUUUUAGGGUUCAAGAACAAGAAAACAUGGCUCUGGCAUGGGGAUUUUCUUGGAAAUGUGUGUAAGACCCUUGCAAAACAUAAUUGAGGUGUUAAAAUAGAGGAAAAGAAAGCAAAACAUAGUCAACUUUUGGUUUGCCUCAUUUACUUUUGUCUUUCUUUUUGUAAAAUUCAAUGAUAUAUAUGUGGUUUUCCUUAACCUA